AUGAGCUCGACGAAGCCCCAAGCGGGGUUGACAAAUGCCACCUCCGUCUCCGCCGCCAACGGCAUCCUCUCCUGGACCACUGCCGACAGCAAAGACGAAGCCAAAUACGAAAACAUAGUCUUCGUCCUUGAUCUCUCCCAGUCUCCCAGCCCUAAGCCGGGCUACAUAAUAUCCCUCCUGCUGGAAGACGCAGAGAAUCUAGAGAACCGCUUCCGGCUGGUUCACUUGUUGGCGGACGCCAUCCCCGACGACCUCCGGCCGUACCGCAUCAGCGGCCUGCCUCUCCAUCUGCGGCCCGUGAAAGGGAAGCAUGAUGUCGAUGUCGUUGUGUCAACAAAAUCGGGUGUCGGUCUUUCACUGCAGUUCUGGGAGAAUGUGCUGCAGCCACUUUGGGGUGUGAUUGAAGAACACUCUUCAGAAGAAACAAGCCGAGAGAUACCGAAUGUCCUCGUCACGCAAGAUGCCGAUAGCGUUCGAGAAUUUUCCCGAAAGAUUGGUGCCUCUGACAGCAGCAGCAGCAGCCAGUCCAGGACAAUUGUCCUCUUGAGCGGAGACGGCGGCAUCGUUGAUCUCAUUAACAGCGUGCCUCACGAUGAAUCGUCUCCGUCUGAGCAGCGGCAGCUACUCUUGGCUCUUCUCCCCCUGGGCACGGGCAACGCCCUCUUCCACUCCCUCCACAAGCCCCUCUGGGCAUCCGAGGGCGGCAGCAAGACGGAAGAUGCCUCCCCCCUUGUGCUAGGUCUCAGGACGCUCUUCAACGGCGUAUCUGCAAACCUGCCUCUGUUCCGCGCAUCUUUCUCCCCCGGCUCGCGCAUCGUAAAGUUUACUCCUACAGCCGAAGAACCCGUAGGAGACGACGAUGCCAGCAAAGCCCUGCACCUCGCCAAAGAAGAAACCCAAGUCUCGCACCUCUUCGGCGCAGUGGUAGCAAGCUACGGCUUCCACUCCAGCAUCGUCUACGAGAGCGACACCCCCGAGUACCGCAUCCACGGCGACAAGCGCUUCGGCAUGGUCGCCCAGGAGCUCCUCCGCGAAUCCCACCAUUACAGCGCGCAGGUCCGAGUUCGCCAUCCCUCUGCCGCGGAAUGGGAGCAGUUCGACGGGGGCGAGCACGCGUAUGUGCUCGUGACGCCACUCUCUAACUUGGAGCGCACCUUCACAAUUUCGCCGGCGAGUAAGCCCUUGGAUGGGAAGCUUCGGUUGGUGCACUUUGGGCCGGUGGGAGGGGAGAGGACGUUGGACUUGAUGAUGAAGGCGUAUGAUGGGGGUAAGCAUGUUGGUGUCGAGUGGGACGAUGGGCAUAAGCUACGGUACGAGGAGGUGGAUGAGUUGAGGGUCACCAUCUUGGAAGACGAUGAGAGGUGGCGCAAGGUUUGUAUAGAUGGAACGAUUGUGGACAUUCCGAAAGGAGGGGAGUUGGCUGUUCGAAAGGAAGAGAAGAGCGGCUUCAAGAUUCUAGUUGAUCCCCGGGUGUUGCCGAGCGAUUCGAACUGA